GAGAGGGGUGGGACGAGCAUCAUGAGCUUCCAACCGACGGGCUGGAAGCUCUGUGGAGCAACAGAUAGCAGAGCGGGAGGCAAAAGAAGAAGGGAGAAGUCUGCUCUCUCUCUCUUAACCCCUCCAUCGCUACAACAUCUCUCCUUCUCUCCUCCUCCUCCCAUCUGACGCAGGGAGCCCCAAGUUUGAGGUUUUUCCUCUCUCCUCCUUCUUGCUGCGCACACUGCGUUUUCUUUGCACUGGUGAUUGUAAAGCACGAGAAACGAAGACUGAGCGCGACGGCACGCUAGAGACACCUUACGGGAAACAGAAAUGCGGGGAUUGCUCCCCUCGUCAGUUUUAUCCUUGCACCACCACCGAGGACUCGCAGGUUCAACUACAUCUUCGUGUUGACACGAGCUCAGGCGUGCAUGGUUCCGUGCGGCGCACAGAUGGAGCUGUGCGCUCCGAGUGUGAGUGAGAGCUCAGCAGCGCGUGUGGCAGCGUUGUUACCGGAUACCUGCUGCUGCAGUGCCUCCCAAAUGUGAAGAUGAAAAGUUCAAAACAACAUGUGACGGGUUAUCACUUCAAAGGAAAUCCAAAAGGGGCAAAGCGUGCUUUAGCUGAGUGACCCCUUCAGUUACUUCCCCCCCUUUUUUUCUUCAUCAGCGUGCAUCCAGGAUGGAUCCCGUCUGGUUUCUCCUCCUGCUGCCAUCCGUCCUCAGAGCGCAGGUGGCUUCAGAUUUCCCAUCAGGCGUCACAGUGGAGACGACCAACAGCACUGAGUCAUUGACAAACAAUACAAGAACUUCAGAAAACUCCACCAGCCCCUCCACUUCCUCCACUGCUGCAGAGCCUUCGGGGUUUUCCACUUCAGAAGCUCCCACCGAAAUAGAGGAUGACUGGUCACCGGCAGAGACAUUUCUGUACACCGGAGACCCCUCGACUCUGGUAGUGGGCCGUUGUUCACGGGCGUAUAGCACCCGUGGGCAGAUGGGACCCCUGCCCCUCAGCUUCACCGCCCCCCUCAGGCCAGCUAUGGAUGCACUAGCCAACACUGCCAACUUUCUUAACAUGAUCUUCCAAGCUAGUGACCUGCAUGAGAGCACGGUGCAAGAGGAUAUGGAGUGGUACCAUGCCCUGGUCCGUGCCCUUCUAGAAGCUGAUGUGCUCAUCCGGCGGGCCCUGUUUACGUUUGAUGCUGACCCAACUGCCCAGGUGCCGCAGCUAGUGCUCCAUGCAACUCGCAGCCCAAUGGCUAAGGUGCAGACAAUCAUCCUCCAGGACUUAUCCAAGGCAUGGGAGAGCCUGCACCCACCUGCUCCUGCCCCUGAUGACAGCUGGUUCAGAAAACUGAAAUUCCCAGAGUCCAGCCAGCCAAUCACAACCCUGUCCAAACGAGUGCUCCUCAAUGACCUCAAUACCUUGGACACACCUAAGUGGGGGCAGGGUGACAGCUAUGUGACCAAUCGCAGUGGGGUACGCUGGGAUAGUGCUCCUUUUCUGGACUGUAUGGAUGAACGCUUUGUGCCUGGCUGGAUGCUCACACUCUCCACCUCCUUCUUUGGUCUCAAGCCUGACCUGACACCAGAAUUCAGAGGUGUGAUCCGUGUGGAUGUCAACAUUCAGGACAUUGACUUGGACCAGUGUGCAACAGGGGAAGGCUGGUUUGCUGAUACUCACCAGUGCAACCGCACCACCAUGGAGGUAAACACAGUGUAGACCAGGGACUGAAACUACC